AUGGCUUCAAUCUCUGUUCCUUGCCCCAAGACUGUUUUGGUUGCUGCUGCUGUUGGAUCCAAUGCUCAAAAUUCACAACCACAGCCCAGGAUCUCUUUUCCUCGAGCACCCACUUCCAAUCAGAACCCAUCUCUCUCAAUCGGAUCCACAUUCUCUGGUUUUGAGUGGCCUAACAGGAAACAGCAAGCUGUUAUAAAGGUGCAGGCACAGCUGAAUGAGAAAUCUUCAAAUUCUGCACUGGUGGUGGAUACUGAAUCCAAAGUGUCAUCUUCAGAGGGAAAGGAUGAACCCACAGAAAGUAAAAUUCCUGAUGUGUCAUCUAUUUCAGCAUUUAUGACACAAGUAUCAGAACUUGUAAAACUUGUGGAUUCAAGAGAUAUUACAGAGCUGCAACUGAAGCAAUCAGAUUGUGAGCUGGUAAUAAGGAAAAAGGAGGCUUUGCAGCAAUCAGCAGCAGCAGCUCCUGUUCUUGCAAUGGAACCUCAUUACCCACAUGCAAUGUAUCCUGCUCCCCCUUCAGCAGCACCGGCAGCAGCUCUUGCAAGCCCCUCUCCAUCUCCUGCUCCUGCCUUGCCUGGACCUGCAAAGGCAAGCUUGUCAUCUCAUCCACCGCUGAAAUGCCCCAUGGCUGGAACCUUUUAUCGGAGUCCAGCUCCAGGCGAACCCCCAUUUGUGAAGGUGGGGGAUAAAGUGCAGAAAGGUCAAGUUGUUUGCAUCAUUGAGGCUAUGAAGCUAAUGAAUGAAAUUGAAGCUGAUCAAUCUGGAACCAUAACCGAGAUCCUGGCAGAGGAUGGUAAACCAGUUAGUGUGGACACGGAUAACAGAUUUGAGAUCGUCAGAUGGCAAAAGUUGGAGAUCAACCAGAUCCAGUAUUAUUCAUCAGCACCCGAGAACAUUAAUCCAGCACAAGGAAGCAAAACAUCAAUUCUCAUACAAAGAAAAGCUUGGCAAAAGAAAACAAGAAAAAGCUCUUAUGAUUCCAUUCCAUGGAAAGGCUAUGAAAAAUGGAUGCACACUUUCUAG